GUGGUGCUUCUUCAGACUGAGUCGUAGUCGUGGGUACCCCUUCUUCAGGAAACACCAGAAUUGAGUUCCCAUCAAUGUUCUCACAUUGUAAAUAGUUCCAGAUAUCAUCACCUAUGUCUUCUUUCCAUCUCUAGACCAUGGUGAGCAAGUUGGGAAUCCGAACCUCGAAGACGAAAGUAGUUUUCAGUGAUCCCAAGGCGUCCAGGAACCCUGCGAAUGAAGCUCGAGAACCUCUUCUGCCUGGUGCGCGGCGACGACCAGGGAGAGGGGACGACCAGCCUAGGUACGUGCCCGACGACUGGGAUGACUCGCUACCCUACGGUGGGAAGGUCUACCUGGCGAGGAGGAAAUUGCCCGACUCCUGGUUCUGCGUCGCCCUCCAGGUGAUCGCUGUAUUAGCAGCAUUCGGUCUGCUCUACUACGCAUGGUACCACACUGACCACAUGCACUUCCACAUUACCAAAGCCUACGCGCACCUCGGCCACCUGGACGCGCAGGCCACGGUGGGCCACAAACUGCUGAUGGGGAAAGGUGUGGAAAAGAACCACACAGCUGCUAUGGAGUGGUUCAAGAAGGCCUCGGAUCAAGGUCACCCUCACGCCGCCUACAACCUGGCUGUGGGUCAUCUGCAAGGCUACAAGAUCGGUCUGAAGCCUGGAGAUGCUCAUGAGCUCAUAAAGCAAGCUGCAGCAAAGGGAGUUCCAGAGGCGAUAGACGUCUUGGAUAAAGUGUGCUCUCGUGGGCACUGUGAUGCGUGAAGUGAACCCAUUCCAGUCACUCUUUUUCAGUUGUGUACAUCCAGUUGUCCAAUUCCUAUUUUACCUGCUUGUUUGUAAUUUAUCCCACUUCUCCAGGAAUUCAAGUAAUAAAAGAAAACAUUUCAGUACUGCAACAAUUUAACAUUGUAACAGUAUAGGAAUCAAGGUAUGAAGUUUGAUUCUGGAUUCACAACUAUUUUGUGAAUCAAGCUUUUGUUUGGUGUUAGUUAUGAUAGAAAUAAUCUACAUGUAUUCUUGCAAAGAUGGCUAGUACAAUAAAUAUCAAAACUAUUA